AUGGCCGCACCAAACUUCCUUGAUUUCACUGCUCUUCCUGAGCUUGAUAUCUAUCAUUUUUCUGCAUAUUUCGGCAUUCAAUUUCCACCCAAAACUGAAAACAAAACUCAUUUCAGAAAACUCCUUCCCUUUAGCGCCAACCAAAUAUUCAGCUCAACAUCAUCUAAUUCCUCAUCAGACAUUCAUCAUGAACCGAAAAGCGCAUCAAACUCCAAGCUUUUCACGGCCACAUCAUCAUCGUCCGUUUCGACGGAGCUCGAGGUAGGAACUGAUCAUGAGACCGGAGAUGGCAAAUUCGAUUGGUAUUCGCAGUGGUAUCCGGUUAUGCCGGUUUGCGAUCUGGAUAAGAGGGUCCCACAUGGGAAGAAGGUGAUUGGUCUUGAUGUGGUGGUGUGGUGGGACAGGAAUGAGAGUGAUUGGAAGGUGUUUGAUGAUAGUUGUCCUCAUAGAUUGGCACCACUCUCUGAAGGGAGGAUUGAUCAGUGGGGCCGGUUGCAGUGUGUUUAUCAUGGUUGGUGUUUUAAUGGCUCCGGUGACUGCAACUUCAUCCCUCAAGCACCCUCCGACGGUCCACAGUUUCACACAUUCAAGAAAGCAUGUGCAGCUGCUUAUCCAAGUACCGUGCAGAAUGGCAUCCUUUGGUUUUGGCCCAACACUGAUCCUCAAUACAAAGACAUACUUUCGGAGAAAAAGCCCGCUUAUAUCCCAGAACUUAAUGAUCCAUCGUACAGUAAGUCAAUGGGAAAUAGGGAAUUUCCUUUCGGAUAUGAGGUCUUGCUUGAAAACCUUAUGGAUCCAUCACAUGUUCCAUAUGCGCAUUACGGACUACUGCAAACUCGACAACCAGAGAAUAAGGCUGAUAGAGAAGGGGGUAGACCAAUGGACAUGAGAGUGGAGAAGUUGGAUAAAUAUGGAUUUAUAGCAAAGCCAGACUGGGUGGGCACUAAUGAAUUUAUUUCGCCAUGUGUUUUUUAUUCUCAUUCUCGUCCUCUACCAGAUCAAGGAAAUGAGGCUGCAUCAUCAGCUGGCACCAAAAAGUCAUCAGUGGAAAGGGGAAUAGCUUUAGUUUUCUUUGCCGUUCCAGUCACUCCAGGUAAAAGCAGAUUGAUAUGGGCUACGCCAAGGAAUUUUGCAACUUGGAUUGACAAAAUUGUUCCGCGGUGGAUCUUCCAUCUUGGACAGAAUACGAUAUUGGAUUCAGACUUAUAUCUUCUUCAUGUUGAGGAACGUAAGAUACAGGAGUCUGGCUCCGCUCAAUGGCACAAAACAUGUUUUUUGCCAACAAAAGCAGAUGCCCUUGUGCUUGGUUUCAGAAAGUGGUUCAACAAGUAUGCUGGUGGUCAAGUUGAUUGGAGAGGCAAAUACAGUGGAGCUCUUCCCCCUUCUCCGCCUCGAGAACAGCUAAUGGAUAGGUAUUGGUCCCAUGUGGUGAACUGCCCCAGUUGUGCCGCGGCAUACAAAGGUCUCAACAUCCUCAAAGUCGUGCUGCAGCUUGUGUCUGUUGCUUUAAUUGGCAUUCUUGCUAUAACCACGCUUGGUGAGACUUCAAUGGCUAAAAGAACUACAAUGGUUUCAUUGGCAGUACUUUGCUUUGCAGCUUCAAAAUGGUUGGCGCGCUUUGUCUACAAAAACUUCCAUUUUCAUGACUAUAUUCAUGCUUUUCACUAGGACAUGAUAUGUAUGCAUAUCUAGGUAACCUUACUUUCGCGUAUAAUAAAAACACCAUAUUGAAUACUGUAAAUAUAUAUGACAUUAUCCUCAAUGCAUGCAUGCCGUGUCGAGAUCUUCCGAGCA